CGUACCUUACCUUAGUAUUGGUAUUAUUGUUGUCUUUUAUUCCCUUUUGCCCCCUCUUUGUUCGGACAUUGAAUAUCCUACUUUUAUAUAUCUUUAUAUCCCCCAACUCUUUUCAAUUUUUAUUCUUGGUGUUUGCUCUUGUAUUGAGUCUCUUCAACAGGAGCCUACCCUUGUGUUCAUGAAUCCCUAAAUAUAAUUGCCGCGGCUUUUGGUUACAACAACAUUUUUUUUUGUGACACUGAAUUUACGUUUUGCCUAAAAAUACCCCCAAAUUCAUCCAUCCAUUUUUUGCCCCCCUCGGAUUGGUGAACAUCCCGUGACCCAAACAGCUGCCGAUCAUCCAAUCUGACGGUCGGAAGUGAACUGAAGGACGGAUCAGAUCCUCUGCUACUUCUGCAUUAGCAAACAACCUACUUACGUAUUAGCUACAGGUGUGAUUCCACCAGAUCUGGGACUGUCUUGGCCGCUCUUUUUUCCGAUCCUCUCCCAAUCCUCCUCUUCGUCUUCUUUUCCCCCAUCACCUUUCCUCGAUCCCACGGUCUACCCCCGUUCAAUACCGCCAAAGUGUCUUCCCUCGCAGUUCCCCGUACCAUUUCCUUCCCCCCGGGGGUGGAUACUCAACCGCAACGAUUGAGUCCGGAUUCCAGCAUGUCCCAGAAUAAGGGUGGACGGAGGAGACGGUCAAGCAGCAUCAUUUAUCAGGAGCCACCGGAAUCCAUUGAGCGCACCAGCGACCAGGCCGCCUUGCCCAAUCUAAAUGCGAACUGGGUCAAUGCAAAGGGUGCCUGGACCAUUCAUUUCGUUUUAAUUGUUGCCUUGAAGAUCUUCUACGACAUCAUUCCCGGGGUCUCGCAGGAAACCUCAUGGACCCUGACCAAUAUCAGCUACAUGUUCGGCUCGUUUCUUAUGUUCCAUUGGGUGCGGGGCAUCCCUUUCGAAUUCAACGCGGGUGCCUAUGAUAAUCUCAACAUGUGGGAGCAAAUUGAUAACGGAGAUCAAUACACCCCGACGAAGAAGUUCUUGCUAUGCGUGCCGAUCUGUCUUUUCCUUCUCAGCACGCAUUAUACCCAUUACGACUUGACGUAUUUCACCAUCAACUUCCUAGCUACUCUGGGAGUGGUCAUCCCGAAGCUUCCAUUUUCCCACCGACUGCGGAUAGGUCUCUUCUCUCCCGAACCAGAGGAGUAGAUAUUUCUGUUCUCUUCCUUCUCUAUUUGCUUUGUCUUUUCUUUUUUUUCUUGAUAAUAUUCUCCACUUGGCACCCAAUAUCCUUCCUUUCUCUGUCUUGUAAUAAUUGUUUCAUGGUUCAGGGGCUAUCCCCCCGGACCUGAAAUUGGCCGGAACUCUGCUAUUCUACCCUGUCGAAUACUUUUGUUUGCUGGAAAGCGGGAUGGAGUGGUAGCAUGGAGUACAGGAGGCACCAAAAGUGAAAAGGGACAAAAGAACCAAAAAUGUCGAAAAAAAAUAAUAGAAUAUGGGGUCGCGGAAAUCUUUUGAUAGAAGACAGGAACCAGCUGUUCUGGCUCUUGAAACCACGUGUCUAGACUAAGGGUAUUUGCUGUUUGCAUCUUACGGUGUAUAUGGGGUUAAAUCUAUGA